CAUAUCUAUAUAGAAAGAUGCAUAUAUAUUACCUACCCAGCACUUAACUCCAAAGCAUAGGACAACCUUGUUGCAUGUUUCCAUUAAGCAAACAUGAAGCAAAAAAUAGUUAUGAGGAUGCAAAUGGAUUGUGAAAAAUGCAGAAACAAGGCGCUGAAAACUGCUGCCGAGAUAAAAGGUGUGAUUUCAGUGGCAUUAGAAGGGGACGACAAAGACCGCGUGGUGGUGACGGGCAACAAUGUGGAUACGAUUUGUCUCAUCAACCAAAUGAACAAGAAGUUCAAGUGUGUGGCGAUUCUUAAAGUAGAAGAAGUGAAGAAGAAGGAGGAGAACAAAUGCUGUGCCGUUUUGUGUCUCCCAUCGCCGUCGCUGUCGUCGUGUACCAACUGUUCGGACAAUUGCAAAUGUGUAGUUGUAUGCUCAUCAAAAUGCAAGGACAAAUGUGACAAGUGCGAGAAAUGCGAAAGCCCUAAAUGCAAAUGCAAGUGUGUGUUGAUAUGUCCAAAGUGUCAAAGUGCAAAAUGUGAUGGAAAUAGAUGUCUUGUUAUAUGCUUCAAGUGCAAAAGCCCUAAGUGUGAUGGCCAAUGUUGUAAACCUCUUCCACAAGAACCAUGCUAUGUUAAUAAUUGCCCUCCAUGGUGCAAUUGUCCAAGGUGCUAUGUACCGUACAAUCCUCCACCUUACUACUACAAUAGGGUUGUUUAUGAAUCAAACCCUGACAAUUGCUCCAUCAUGUGA